CAAAGUGCACUUAUUUUCUGUGAUUGGUGCCUGACGUCUGUGUGGUAAUUAGGGGGGGAACAUGCGGUUUCCUAUCUAUACAUUACUGUUUAUUGUAUAUACAACAUCGGCAGAGCACAACAAAAGAAGUGUAUUUAAUUGUAUAGAAACGCCGUGUCAAAAUGGGGGAAUCUGUCGAGGAAAUGACAACGGUUUCUAUUGUGAUUGUCCGAUGGGAUUCCGCGGUUCGCUGUGCGAAAAAGAAUCUUGCAUUUGCCGUACAUUUGGACAGCACUACUACCACACUUAUGAUGGAAUACUUCUUGGCUUUAAUGGCCAAUGCCGCUACCAGCUUACUGGCAGCUGCGUGGACAGCAGUUUCUACGUUGAUGUUGAUGUAAAAUUCGUUGAGGCAAAAAUAAAUGACAGAAAAAUUCGGAUUAGUAGGAACGAGGAACCCGUGGUUGUGUCGGUCGACGGAGAAACCAUUCAAACGCUGCCUUAUAUAGGCAAUUCUCUAACUGGAACCUUUAACAUAUUCCGGCUGGCGAAUAAGGACAUCAUGGUUAAAGUCAACGGACGGACACUUCUCCUCACAGAUGGACGCAACUACGUUCAGGUGGAACUGCCCGAGGAACACAAAAGCAGCGCAUGUGGUAUAUGCGGUAACUGUAAUGGUAUCCUGGCUGAUGAUCUGGUAACAAGUAACGGCACAGACCUGGCCUCAUUGACUGAUAUAUCUGUCAGGAGUAAUACUCUGGGAAAUAGCUGGGUCGUAGGGGGACCUCCAGGUUGUUUAGCUGGCAGUGACAUGGACCAAUUCCAGUGCAGCGCACAGGAAACGACCAUGGCUUCGUCGUCAACGUAUUGUGCAAGAAUAGACCACCUUAUACCGUGCAGCCCAACAAUACUGCUUAAAUACAAAGCUGCCUGCAUCCAGAAGGUCUGCCAGCUGCUUCCAGACUCGACCACAGCGAAAGAAGUCUUCUGCGAAAUAUUUGAAGCAACUCAAAGGGCGUGCGCUGCAGAAGAUGUUCAUUUCUACACAUGGCGAUCUCUGUCUUUAUGCGCACUAGAGUGCCCGGCACAAACACCGUACGAGGAGAUAAUUGACAACUGUCACUCCUCGUGCCACAACCUCACGUCCAAGGACCCCAAGUGUCUUCUGCCUAAGACUGAUGGCUGUGCCUGCAACGGCGGACUGUUGGAAAGUGACGGCGCGUGUGUCGCACCUAUGGAUUGCGGCUGCACUGAUAACUGGGGUUAUCAUAAAAUUGGAGAAUCCUGGUUGAGCAGUGACUGCACGAUGGCUUAUAAAUGCGUUAGUGUAGCCAACAUCACAGCUGUAGCGCGCCCCCCUUGUGAAGCCCCACAGCAGUGUGUAGCGGUGAAUGGGGUGUUGGGAUGUAAUAUACCCCCUCCUGGCGAGCCAAGAGACAACUGUGUGGGCGCUCGCUGUGUGAAUGGAGCUACAUGUGUCAGCAGUCCAGGCCAGUUUACUUGUGUGUGUCCACAAGGUUACACCGGGAGGUUUUGUGGAGAGAAAAUUGACUACUGCGCCCAGUUGUCUGUGGAUUGUAAGAAUGGUGGUACCUGCGUCUCCACCAGCCAGGAUGCCUACUGCAAGUGUUUACCCGGUUACCUAGGAGACAGGUGUGAAGUGGAAAAGCGUUGCUUGUGUGCUGUAUACGGUGAUCCAACAAUUGUCACGUUUGACGGUGCCAUCAUCAACUUCCAAGGCACGUGCAAGUAUAAGUAUGUGCAAUUGUGCGACGGUGCUCCUGGAAACCUUGAACCAUUCAAAAUAAAUGUGAAACACACUGACUACCUGGGGAUUUUCCCUAAGACGUCCUAUCCAGAAUUUGUUGAAUUGGAAUUUCGUGAGCACAACAUCAGGUUGAGACGAGAUGGAGGAGAAGUUCGAAUUUAUGUUGACUUUGAAUUUAGAGAGAGUGCUCCAGUAAUUGUCAACAAUGCCAUAGUGAUAGAAAGAAUGCCGGAUGGCACUACUCGUGCAAAAACUACAACCGGAAUCUCUAUAUCGUAUGAUGGGCAUUCGAGAGCAUUAAUUGAAGUUCCAACUGCAUACAAAGGGAGUCUCUGCGGACUAUGUGGAGACUGCGAUGGCAUUGACUACAACGACUACAAACCUCAGUACAGCAAUUUUGUCAUUACCGGGGAUGACCGAGAUAUCAGGAUUGGGAAUAGCUAUUACAUCAGAGACGAAGAGUUUCUCACGUGUGUGGCUGGUAGCACUAACGAUACAUCAUAUUGUCCAGAAUCAGUGCAGCCUGUCGUAGAGGCCAAUGACAUGUGCGGAGCAAUUUUGACAUUCCCGGGACAGUUUGCAGCAUGUGUGGAUAAAUUGAGCAGUCAGCUGAUUCUUGAUCUCCAUAAAGCAUGUGUCAGAGAUGCUUGCAAGUUGUUUGAAAAUGCAAAUGAGGAAGCAGCUAAGAAAGCUAGGUGCGUCAUGAUGGACCUUUUGGCCAAGGAGUGUGGCGUUCAUGGUGUUCCCGUUGUUGGCUGGAGGCAAGAAACUGGAUGUGAUAUGGAUUGUCCGCCUGGAACAACAUAUAAAUCAGAAGGUACAGCUUGUCCAAAUACGUGUGCGGACCUGGAUGCGGAGGACAAUUGCAGCGAACCACCUGUAGAGGGUUGUUAUUGCCCAGCGGGACAGAUACUAAGUGAUACUCAGUGUAUUCUGGAUACAAAUGAGUGUGGGUGCACUGAUUUGAAAAAUGGUGGAAGUUAUUAUUUUAUAGGCCAGACAUGGAGAAACAUUGACUGUACAGAGAGUGGCAAAUGCUUCGAUCAUCGCAGUUAUAAUAUUCCAUGGUUCUUUCCGGGCUUCAUCUCACUGCAACCUCUGACGUGCGAUCCAAACGCCAGAUGUGAAGUGGUUAAUGAGGUCAGGCUUUGCGCCUGCCAAUCUGGAUACAAGGGAGAUGGACAGACAUGUACCAUUGCCGAUAUUUGCCUGGUGAAAGAUCCAACAUACAAUGAGAUCCCAAGAAACCUCUGUGCCAAUGGUGUUUGUAUCACAUUUGGAGAGACAUGGAAGUGCAAAUGUUUUCUGGGGUGGAAUGGAACACUGUGUGAUGAAAACAUUGAUGAGUGCGCUGUUAAUCCCUGUCAGAAUGGUGGCAACUGUACAGACUUGGUGGCCACAUACAGAUGUUCCUGUCCAGGAGGAUUUACUGGGAAAGACUGUGAAACAAAUAUUAAUGAUUGUGAACCAAAUCCUUGUGCCAACGGUGGGACCUGCACGGAUCAUAUCAUGAACUACACAUGCUCAUGUGCGACUGGGUAUAGUGGGAAAAACUGUGAAAUAGACAUAGAUGAUUGCGCUGAAAAUCCCUGUAAAAAUGGUGGCACUUGCACAGACUUGGUGGCAGCCUAUGAAUGUUCUUGUCCAGGAGGUUUUACUGGGAAAGACUGCGAAACCAACAUUGAUGACUGUGCUGAGAAGCCCUGUAAAAAUGAUGCUACAUGUACUGACUUGGUGGCCUCAUAUAGAUGCAUAUGUCUGCCAGGUUUUACUGGGAAAGACUGUGAAACGAAUAUAGAUGACUGCGAUUCAGAUCCAUGUGUCAAUGAUGGAAACUGUACUGAUCUGGUUCUGGAUUACACAUGCACUUGUCCAGCAGGGUAUACUGGGAAAAACUGUGAAACUGACAUUGAUGACUGUGCUGAGAAGCCCUGUAAAAAUGAUGCUACAUGUACUGACUUGGUGGCCUCAUAUAGAUGCAUAUGUCUGCCUGGUUUUACUGGGAAAGACUGUGAAACGAAUAUAGACGACUGCGAUCCAGAUCCAUGUGUCAAUGAUGGAAACUGUACUGAUCUGGUUCUGGAUUACACAUGCACUUGUCCAGCAGGGUAUACUGGGAAAAACUGUGAAACUGACAUUGAUGACUGUGCUGAGAAGCCCUGUAAAAAUGAUGCUACAUGCAUUGACUUGGUGGCCUCAUAUAGAUGCAUAUGUCUGCCAGGCUUUACUGGGAAAGACUGUGAAACGAAUAUAGACGACUGCGAUCCAGAUCCAUGUGUCAAUGAUGGAAACUGUACUGAUCUGGUUCUGGAUUACACAUGCACUUGUCCAGCAGGGUAUACUGGGAAAAACUGUGAAACUGACAUUGAUGACUGUGCUGAGAAGCCCUGUAAAAAUGAUGCUACAUGCAUUGACUUGGUGGCCUCAUAUAGAUGCAUAUGUCUGCCAGGCUUUACUGGGAAAGACUGUGAAACGAAUAUAGACGACUGCGAUCCAGAUCCAUGUGUCAAUGAUGGAAACUGUACUGAUCUGGUUCUGGAUUACACAUGCACUUGUCCAGCAGGGUAUACUGGGAAAAACUGUGAAACUGACAUUGAUGACUGUGCUGAGAAGCCCUGUAAAAAUGAUGCUACAUGCAUUGACUUGGUGGCCUCAUAUAGAUGCAUAUGUCUGCCAGGCUUUACUGGGAAAGACUGUGAAACGAAUAUAGACGACUGCGAUCCAGAUCCAUGUGUCAAUGAUGGAAACUGUACUGAUCUGGUUCUGGAUUACACAUGCACUUGUCCAGCAGGGUAUACUGGGAAAAACUGUGAAACUGACAUUGAUGACUGUGCUGAGAAGCCCUGUAAAAAUGAUGCUACAUGCAUUGACUUGGUGGCCUCAUAUAGAUGCAUAUGUCUGCCAGGCUUUACUGGGAAAGACUGUGAAACGAAUAUAGACGACUGCGAUCCAGAUCCAUGUGUCAAUGAUGGAAACUGUACUGAUCUGGUUCUGGAUUACACAUGCACUUGUCCAGCAGGGUAUACUGGGAAAAACUGUGAAACUGACAUUGAUGACUGUGCUGAGAAGCCCUGUAAAAAUGAUGCUACAUGCAUUGACUUGGUGGCCUCAUAUAGAUGCAUAUGUCUGCCAGGCUUUACUGGGAAAGACUGUGAAACAAAUAUAGACGACUGCGAUCCAGAUCCAUGUGUCAAUGAUGGAAACUGUACUGAUCUGGUUCUGGAUUACACAUGCACUUGUCCAGCAGGGUAUACUGGGAAAAACUGUGAAACUGACAUUGAUGACUGUGCUGAGAAGCCCUGUAAAAAUGAUGGUACAUGCACUGACUUGGUGGCCUCAUAUAGAUGCAUAUGUCUGCCAGGUUUUACUGGGAAAGACUGUGAAAUGAAUAUAGAUGACUGCGAUCCAGAUCCAUGUGUCAAUGAUGGAAACUGUACUGAUCUGAUUCUGGAUUACACAUGCACUUGUCCAGCAGGGUAUACUGGGAAAAACUGUGAAACUGACAUUGAUGACUGUGCUGAGAAGCCCUGUAAAAAUGAUGCUACAUGUACUGACUUGGUGGCCUCAUAUAGAUGCAUAUGUCUGCCAGGUUUUACUGGGAAAGACUGUGAAACGAAUAUAGAUGACUGCGAUCCAGAUCCAUGUGUCAAUGAUGGAAACUGUACUGAUCUGGUUCAGGAUUACACAUGCACUUGUCCAGCAGGGUAUACUGGGAAAAACUGUGAAACUGACAUUGAUGACUGUGCUGAGAAGCCUUGUAAAAAUGAUGCUACAUGCAUUGACUUGGUGGCCUCAUAUAGAUGCAUAUGUCUGUCAGGUUUUACUGGGAAAGACUGUGAAACGAAUAUAGAUGACUGCGAUCCAGAUCCAUGUGUCAAUGGUGGAAACUGUACUGAUCUGGUUCAGGAUUACACAUGCACUUGUCCAGCAGGUUAUACUGGGAAAAACUGUGAAAUUGACAUUGAUGACUGUGCUGAGAAGCCCUGUAAAAAUGAUGCUACAUGCAUUGACUCGGUUGCCUCAUAUAGAUGCAUAUGUCUGCCAGGUUUUACUGGGAAAGACUGUGAAACGAAUAUAGAUGACUGCGAUCCAUAUCCAUGUGUCAAUGGUGGAAACUGUACUGAUCUGGUUCAGGAUUACACAUGCACUUGUCUGGCAGGGUAUACUGGGAAGAACUGUGAAAUUGACAUUGAUGACUGUGUAGACAACAACUGUCAAAAUGAUGCUGAAUGUGUUGACUUGGUGGCUGGAUAUCAAUGUGUAUGCCUGCAAGGAUUUACAGGGCAAUAUUGUGAAACAGACAUUGAUGACUGUGUAGACAACAACUGUCAAAAUGAUGCUGAAUGUGUUGACUUGGUGGCUGGAUAUAAAUGUGUAUGCUUGCAAGGUUUUACUGGACAAUAUUGUGAAACAGAUAUUGAUGACUGUGUAGACAACAACUGUCAAAAUGAUGCUGAAUGUGUUGACUUGGUGGCUGGAUAUCAAUGUGCAUGCCUGCAAGGAUUUACAGGGCAAUUCUGUGAAACAGACAUUGAUGACUGUGUAGACAACAACUGUCAAAAUGAUGCUGAAUGUGUUGACUUGGUGGCUGGAUACAAAUGUGUGUGCCUGACAGGUUUUACAGGGCAAUACUGUGAAACAGACAUUGAUGACUGUGCAGAUAACAACUGUCAAAAUGGUGCUGAAUGUGUGGACUUGGUGGCUGGAUAUAAAUGCAUAUGCUUGCCAGGUUUUACAGGGCAAUACUGUGAAACUAAUAUAGACGACUGUGAUCCAUAUCCCUGUGUCAAUGGAGGAACCUGCACUGAUCUCGUUAUGGAUUACUCGUGCUCUUGUGUAAUUGGUUAUACUGGCAAAAACUGUGAAACGGAUGAGAAUGAUUGUGACUCCAGUCCAUGUCAACAUGGCGGCACAUGUGUGGACCGGCUAGGGUUCUAUUACUGUUUAUGUCCACCAGGGUACUAUGGAGAACAUUGUCAGAUAAGGCCACCCUGUCAGUGCCUCGCUGUCGGCUCUUCUCACACCACAUACGAUGGCCUGUUCAUCUACUACCAGGGCAUAUGUAAGUAUGUCCUGAGCCAGAAGUGUCCCGGUGCCGGAGGUGAACUACCAGAUUACACUGUUUAUAUAAGAAAAACCUCCAGCGGAGUGCCUGGUGAAUAUGUGACCAGUGUCGAAAUCCAUGUGUAUGGUUAUGUGAUAAGCCUGCUCUGUGGCAGUAUUGCAAUGGUAAAUGGCGCAUUGGUAAACACCCUGCCAGCAGUUCUUGGUAAUGGGGCCAUUACUGUCGACUUUACUGCUACACUAAAUUUGAGAGUCACAGUAAACUUUGGCAUGAACAGUGAGCUGGAAGUCAUAUUUGACAGAAUCAAUGGUGUACAGGUUCAAGCACCCGACGCAUAUCGUGGCUCAAUGUGUGGGCUUUGUGGUGACUGCAAUGGGGUAGACUGGAAUGAUUUGAGACUGCAAAAUGGGACUGAUGUUUCACAUUUGCCAACCAGUGAGGCCCAUUCACUCAUUGGCAUCAGUUUUGAACGUAGAGCAGAGUGCCUGGGGACGACAUAUGAUGAGCCAGAACCUUGCUCGUCAGACAAUAUGCAAGUAGUUACGGGUCCAGAAUAUUGCGGCCUUCUCAAGGAUGAAGCAAACAUAUUUAGCCAAUGUCUUCAGAGCGGGUUUAUGCCAACUGAAGCGGUAAUGAACAUAUGGUCUGCUUGCACUAUGGAGAGUUGUUAUGCUCUCCCUAACACCACUCAAGCCAGGAAGGUGUCUUGCGACUUCUUGGACUAUUUUGCACAAAGGUGUGAGCAGCUCGGUUUUUCAGUGACACCAAAUGUGUGGUUAAAUGUCACUCAGUGUGCAAAAGUCUGUGGCCCUUACAUGACAUACCAGGCCAGUGGUCCUGGUUGCAGAGACACUUGCGCACACCCCAACGCAACUUUGAACUGCGAUGAGCCUCAGGAAGAGGGAUGUUUCUGUGAUGCUGGGAUGGUGCUAAGUGGAAACAUGUGCGUGCACAAAGAAGAGUGUGGAUGUGUGGAUGUACAGGGAUCUUAUCACGAGGUAUAUUUGUGUACCAUUCUUGCUGGACUUUAAGGGGUGGCAAGAGAA